AUGGAGCACCCAGACGACCACGAGCGGGUCCGCAUCGCAGCGCUCACGCCCGCACUGCCCGCGCCCGAAGGCAAGCAGUUCAAGGCCGUCGUCACCCUCAUCUGGCCCUACUCGUCGUCAACGCGCCAAUUCGCCCUCCUCCUCGCCGAGCCCGAACUCCGCCUGCGUCGCAACAAGGGCCAGGUCCGCGCGCGCUUCCACGAGUCCAGCGCAAAGGCCAUUGCUGCGACGGGCGUCGGAAUCGGAGACGAGGUGGUGCUAGACCUGGGUGGCGCCCAGUUUGUGCAAGACGCCACUGCCAGCACCCCGGGCAAGACCAUCGACUGGGACCUCUCCUACCACGGCAUCCUCACCGCCCGUAUCUUCCGCAGUGGACGUGAGCUGGCCAGCCUCGACCUCGUCCAUGCUGCGCCCACACCAGCGCCGCAGUCUCCUGCCCGCCCCCACGCCAUAGCAGCCCCGAGCCCUGCCCAGCAGUGGUCAUCCCCGGCUUUCCUCAAGCGCGCCCGACUCUCCGACAGCCCUGUUUUCGACGCCCCCCAUGAUCCGUUUGCCGACGGGCCUGAGGCUGGCCACGACAAGAAGCGCCGGAGGAAGUCGUACCGAGACUGGACAGCAUGGACAUACUCGGCGAGGACCCCGUCGCCUGACAAGGAAGACGUGACCAUGGAGGACCAGCUCGAGUCCGCCGAGCCUUCGCCCAGCCGUUCAACCCACUUGCCCAAGACGCCCAUAUCUCCGCCUCUACUGGAGCGACAAGUCAUUGAGGAGGAGGAGGAGGAAGAUGAAGAAGAAGAAGAGGAGGAGGAGGAGGCACGAAAGGCACAGACUGCACUGUCCAAACAUGCUUCACCUGCGGAACAAGCUACCACUCUCACCGACACAGGCUUGCUUGCGGACGAGGACAGCUUUGUGCGCGACACCAGUUAUGACGCGCUCUCUGUCGCACCUGACGACACCCUGCCUUCAGAUGCACAAUUUGCCUUUGGUGGUGAUACAGAGCUUGACACCGAAGUAGAAGAAGAAGAACGUCGUCAAGACGGACACUAUGAUGCUAGUGUCAGUCUGACAGAAGCCGAUGUUCUCGAGCCGAAAGACAAUCCUUCACCACCAACCGAGGACGAAGCCGAUCAUGUUGCGUCCAGUGUCAGUGACCAAGACUACGCCGAAGAAGACGUAGGAAGUGCGACUGAGCAAGAUGGUCCAAUUGCUAUUACAGAAGCUAGAGAAGCUACAGUAUCCGCGCCCGCGACAACGACAGAAAAUUCCCAGCUUUCAGUAACAGAAGAGCCCGUACAUACUGCGCCUUUCCAAGAUGCUCUCCGGAUUGCUAUGCCUCCUCCACUUUCGAUCCUCGAGACCAGUUUUCCUUCAGGCAUGCGAACACCCCUUGGCAAAGAGCCUUCAAGUCCAACUCUGAAGCCAUUGGAUUCUUCUACUCUUCCGCUUCCCUCUCCGUUCCCAGGAGAGCACGACUCCACCGUGACAUCGUAUCUCGACCACAUCACGACUAAUGACCUUGAACACUCCGAACUUCCAGAUACCGGAGAAGAAGAUCCGACAGACGACGCCGACUACAUCAUCGAAACAAGUUUCUACAGCUCGAUAAGCUCGUCCAAAGCCGGCGCGUUUCACCCAACGCACGAGUCGGCUUUUACUCCUGUGCGAUUCACUUUCGGCAUGGAUGGAGCUGGGUUUUCUCGCCCAUUGGAACUGUCUUCUCCGGAACCGCAGGGGCAAAUAGAAGUUGAAGAGCAUGUACAACGGCAUGUGGAAAUUGCCGACAACGUCGACAACCCACCUGAUACAGUUCCAGCAACGCCCAAGUCAAUCUUUUCCCUUCACGACACAUCGAUGCAAGACGAAAACGUUCAGAUUCUGGACAACGACGAUGAACUUGUCAACACUCAGCAGUCCGCAGUCAUUUCAGAGAUUAUCGACCUAGGUUCCCCGUCCGAAGAUGAUGGCGAAGAGGAAGAUAUUACGGUUGGAUCGCAACACAUCGAUACUGAUAAAGAAGAGUCAAAGGAAGGAAAUAUACAACUCAGAACGGCGGCAAGUCACUCUUCUACUCCUGUUCCGCGCCAGGAUCCCGUGACUAAAGUAGUCGUACCGGGAUAUACGAACGAUCAUAGUGAGUUAGCAGCCGUGGGCCACAUGCAAGAGGUUCCGGCGUCAACCGCCUCGCAAUCUGAACUUGCUACUUACACAAGCCCCUCCCAGGCACUCGACAAUGAGAACAAUUCCUCAAUGGAACAGUAUACUAUGGUAGACGACUGGGAGCCGCAGCUAGGCAUAGACUACUCGGAUGCCGUGAUGGAAGACUCAAAUCUACAGGAUGAGGUAUUAAACUCGCCUCAACAGGAGUCACACAUUGAAGACAUGUUCCCAGGUGUUAAGAUGGAAUCAGUUGAGGAAGACUCUCUGUAUCAGAUAAGCCAGCAAGAUGGGCAACCAUCACAGAACGAUCAAGAUUCUGACAAGUUAUUAAUCGCCGUUCCUCAGGAAGGAGAUAAACUUGGCAAAUUACAACUCAUUGCCGUACCUGCCACUGGCCCCGCCAGAAACACAAGGUCCAAGACUAAAACCUCGAUGUCCCCACCCAGGGACGAUGUACCCACAUCUCAACGCUCGACGAGGUCGAGCGGAGCUGGGAUGUCCUUGACUUCCCAUGCGCGUACAACUAUAUCUCCACCCAGAACGCGGGGGCGUUCGACUAUUUCCCUAUCACAAGAUGCUUCACAACUCUCACCAUUAGAUUCUCACUCACGGUCAAGAUUGCUGUCAUCUACUCAAAGCCCACAAGUGCCUGCCGCUGCCCCUACGCACUGGAGUGCUCGCAAAACUGCCUCUCGAAGAGGCAUAAACUCAUAUUACGAUUUUGAUCCAUUUCAAGAGCGCGAUACUUUUGCGACUAGUCUCGAGCCAUCCCAAGAGUUAGGUGCUUCGCAAGGUCGAUACUCCAACGUGUCCUAUGUGAAGGACUCCGAGGAGGAUAGCCUCCACUCCGAGCAUUCCAUAUCCACUGUUCAGCAGUCUGAUGAUUGGGAUGGGUCCGCUAUGCAUGACGACCGGGAUUUUGAGCUUGUGACACCGCCAAGGCUAAAAUCACGCGUGCAAGGUACAUCUCAUGUUGAGUUGCCUGGUGAAGGUGAAGGUGAUCAGCCCCGAAGCUCGCCUCCUCAGCCGACCGAUGUAAACGAGUCUACGCACAGUUCACCGCCCGUCAUUGCAUCUGAGGUUCCAUCUACCAGACAACAAUCGCUCCAUGACAGGCACAGUUUGAUCACGCCGCAAGCGACGCAGCAAACUACGGCACCAUCACAAUCUAGGCAGAAGCAGCAUUCUGUACUUCUGACACCACAACUCACCCAGACAACCUCCUCGGGUCUCCCUUCUUUUAAGUCAGUAAUCGAGACUCAAUCAACCACCGAAUCACCCAUGGCGAAAGUAAUACCCCACCACGACGAAGCAACCCUUGAAGUAGCCUCCUCCCCUAGCCUGCACUCUACCGACAACUCCAACUCGGAUGACGAGGCGACACUCAUCGCGCGCCCUGAAGAUCCUUCUGUCGGCCUCUCCACCCCGCUCGCGUACUACACCCCACUCAAAGAUCUGGUCUACUUCCUGAACCGCUCGUCACAAUUCCAUUCCUCCGCCAAUCCUGAUAUCCUUGGCCUCGUCACCUCAGCCACUACCCCAGCUGCAAAAGCUGCAAAGGGCCCGCAACACUGGAACACCACGCUUCACAUGACGGAUCUGAGUACCUGGCCCGCCACAACAACGGUUCAGAUCUUUCGCGCGUAUCAGACCGCGCUACCAAUUGCAGAGCAAGGCGAUGUCGUACUACUGCGUGCUUUUAGCGUCAAGAGCUUGAACAGGAGUGCCACGUUGAUCAGUACGGAUGAGAGUAGUUGGUGUGUCUGGCGGUAUGGAAAGCCUGUUUGGGGUGCGAAGAGGGGUGCCUUUGGAGAGACAAGGGCCAGAGAGGAGGUCAAGGGGCCGGCAGUGGAGCGGGGAGAGGGAGAGUGGAAGGAAGUAGAGCGGUUGAGGGGAUGGUAUGUCAACACCGUGAAAGCGGGCUCGGACAGGAAGAAAGAGGAAAGCCAACAAGGAGUGGAGAGUGAGACAGCUUAG